UUCCAUGGGCCUGAUCCGAACGGGACUAGUGGCGGUCUUGGAUCUGCGGGCUGUCGCGUCCUCUGCUGCAACUGUCGCCAUCCGUUCCCGUCUUAUCGACCGUUCCACUGUGAUUUUCUCCCUCCAAGUCUGGCCUCACAUUCGUCACUCUCCCUGCCUCUUGCUUUCUCCCCCUUCCCCUCCCUCACCCACCCUCCUGUCGUUUCAGCUGGACCCUUUCGGUUCCCUCUCUUCGUUCGCGAAGCCACUCGUUUCUUCGACGCUGCCAUUGUCUCGACUUCAGCUUGGUUGUCGCUCUGUUGACAUCUCCCCUGCUCGUACCUUUAUCCUUAUCGACCACCCAACCCCGGAUUCGCAAACCCUCCUCGCUCGAUCGCACCUCCUCCGGCUCCGUGCUCGCUCGUCGCGUCUAGCCUUCCUGUUGCCAUGUUAAUUAUCUAGUUUCGCUGUCGAAUCUACACACACCUCGAUCCUGAUGGGUAAAUGGCACUACGGAGUUGUCCUAGAUGCGGGAUCAUCUGGGACGCGAGUUCAUGUCUAUCGGUGGCUCGACAACGCCGUCGCGCUCAAAGAACGUAACAAACAUGACCUCAAGUCGCUACCGGAGAUCAAGACUAAGUCGAGUUGGGUGAAGAAGAUUCAUCCUGGAGUUUCAACCUUCGCCGAUCGACCCGAAGAAAUCGGACCCGAACAUCUGGCGGAACUCCUCGAAUUUGCUCGCGACAUCAUACCCGAAGAUGCUAUCAAGGAGACGCCCAUUUUCUUGCUCGCCACUGCAGGAAUGCGACUUGUGGAGGACGUGAAACAAAAGUUAUUACUGGACCACAUCUGCUCUUAUGCUCGGGAGAACUUCGACUUCUCUCUGCCCGAUUGCAACGUCCAUAUUCAGGUUAUUCCCGGUGUCACGGAAGGGUUGUAUGGGUGGAUUGCUACGAACUACCUGCUCGGAAGCUUCAACUCGCCUGAUGAGCACGAUCAUGGCAAAAACCACCAUACCUACGGAUUCCUCGACAUGGGUGGCGCGUCGUCUCAGAUUGCAUUUGCUCCCAACGCGACUGAGAGUGAGAAGCAUGCAAACGAUUUGACCUUACUUCGGUUACGCAACAUCGAUGGCUCGACGCAGGAACAUCGCGUUUUUGUGACUUCGUGGUUGGAAUUCGGAGUGCGCGAGGCCCGCAAGCGGUAUCUGGCCGCCCUGCAGAGUGCGUUUGGUACAGACAAGGUGAAGGAAUACCCUGACCCAUGCCUUCCCGCGGGGCUUCGAACAACCUUGGACGGCAAGCCGCUUGAAGGGGAAGCUGAACAAUACCUUUUGGGCACCGGAAAGUUCGAUGAAUGCUUGCGCGGGACGUACCCUUUACUCGACAAGGACGCGCCAUGUCUCGACCAACCUUGUUUGCUACACGGAAUCCAUGUCCCAGCUAUCGACUUUGACGUGAAUCACUUCGUCGGCAUCAGUGAAUAUUGGCAUACCACACACGAAGUCUUCGAAAUGGGUCACACGGAUAAGGCAUAUGAUUUCAACACUUACCAGCAUCGCGUUCAGGAGUUUUGCUCGCAGGACUGGGACUCGAUCGAACAAGGAAUCUCUGAACACAAAUGGGGAAAGAAGCUAGAUCGCGAGCUGGCCUAUGAGGUUUGCUUCAAAGCCUCCUGGAUUAUCAAUGUGUUGCACGAUGGUAUUGGAGUACCACGUGUCGGACUUGAACCCACGUCAUCAUCUAGCAUUAAUGGAACCAAGGAGGUUCUUGCUCACGGGCACAACAAAGGCUUCCUAGACCCCUUCCAAGCGGUCAACAAAAUCGACUCGACAGAAGUGAGUUGGACGCUCGGCAAAAUCGUUCUGUACGCCGCCUCAGAGGUCCCCGUGCAAACCGAAGAAGCCCUUCCCGUUGGCUUCGGCAGCAAUGUUGCUGGUGUUCCCAGCGAUUUCCAGUACCCCAGCGCUCAACUACUUCCGAAUCCUGAGACUCUCCACGAAGAAACCUGGCAAGACACGCUCUUCGAUGGGAGCUCGUCACGGCGAAUCCCAGGCUUCAUCCUUUUCAUCUUCAUAAUAAUUCUCGCCACAUUUUUCCUCUGCGGUCGCAGCCGCCGGCUCAGGCUAUACCACAAGAUCAGCAAUCUGUUCAAACGCGGACGCGGAUCGCAUUUGCCGCAAAGAAAGCGCAAGGCCUCUGGGGCCGUGAAGCCAUCGUUCUUCGGCCAACGCAGUCCGUCGUACGAACGUAUCCUCGAAGAGGGCAUCCAGGAUAUCGAGCUCGGAGGCUCAGAUUCUAGCCGAUCGUCGUUUGACCCGGUUUCCGAUAGCGACACCGCCGCUUUCUUGCCCCCGAAGCGGGCAUCUAGUUGGGGCCAUAGCAGUCCCUCGCGCCUGAAGUUCGAUCACGACAAUUCCUCUUCGGCAACGAUUGGACUUGGAAUCACGGCUGCACCAGGCAUUUCUGCGAUUGACCGAGCUGGCCUAGUUGUGAGAACGGAGAGUAGGGAGCACUUGACUCCCCUCGCACUAGGUCCAACAACAAACGGCCGACGAUCCCGAGCAGCCAGUCCAUCGCGCUCACACUCUCACAAGUCGCCUAGCACGACACCCCUCGUACAUGAAUAAUGCUAAUGUCUCAUAUGACAACUAUUUAUCGCAUACCCUCCGGAGUUUAGGUUCGGUUCUGGUGUUAUUGAUCGAGGCCAGCCUCUGGAGUCUGUUGACCUUUUGACUUUUCCGCCAUCAUUGCUCGUUUAGCUGAGCCUCGGGCUGUAGCCAUUAUUGCUUCUCGAAUUGUGCUCAGGAGUACUUUUUGGUUUUCUCUGAUUUUCUCCAUGGCUGUGCCGUUGCGGGCGUCCGUCUUUCCCACUGUUGCUGGUGCUUGGUCGGGGCUUAUACAUCUUUUAAUACAGCUGCAUGUACGAUUAGACUAAAUAGGUCAGAAUAUCGCUGCUUAGGCUUUAGUUAGCAGGACCGAAUUCAAACAUUAUCAGAUGAUUUAUAUGAGCUUCAUCUUAGUGAGUUG